AUGAGGUUGGAGGAACAACAGAAAAAGGAGGCAGCUUUACAAGCAGCCAAUGUUUUUGCAAAUAAUGCAGUUGGUUCACAUAGUGAUUCUACUGCAUGUUUAGCUAUUCCAUGUCCCAGUUUUAGGCCAAAUCUUUGCCCUUCUUCAACUUCAACGCCCUUGCCACCACCAUCACCGAGUGAUCUUCCCUCACCGAAUUUCUUGUAUAGGCCUGUCCAAUUGAGCAAAAAUGUCGAAGUUGUACACCAGAAUUCAGUUCAAUUGUCCAAACCUUUGAAUAUAGGAGAAAAUGAAGUAGGUUUGCCUGCCAUUUCAGGUCCUGGGCAGGGCAAGUGGCCUAGAUUGUGGAAUGGUGAGCAGAAUCUUGAAGGGGAAGGUCGAAUGUUAGAUCAUCGUAGAUUUGCAUUUUGGCCUCGUGUAAACUUUCCAUACGAAUCAAAUGCCCUAGUUUUGCCUCUUCCACAAAGAUCACAUCAAUAUCAUCACCCUCCUUCGUCAAUGGUGAACGUCUCUUCAGGGACUUCAUCAUCAUCUGUACUGAAGUUUCAGAUGGAGCCCCCUUCAAACCAAAGUUUUUGUGAUAACAAUUGUGCACCCUUGUCGCCAAAGGAAGAGAAGAUGGUUGGCAUGAAAAGGUCAUAUCCAUUCUCUCCAGAAAGUCCAACAGCCCCUUCUUGUCAGUGCAAAUCUCAACCUGCGCAUUUUACUUCAAUAUCCCGAUCAGAUGAAUCGGCUUCUUGUAGCAAUGGAUGCACAAAUCAUCUUGAACCAAGCACUAAACAUAUCAGAGAUGACGCUCCAAACAUAAGUCCCCUGCCCGAGAAAAAUGCUAGUGGUGUAAUCAGAGAAAACAAAGAACUGAACGGCGACUUUCUCACAUUGGCUCCUCCUGCCCCCGCUACCCAGCCUUUGAACGUAAAAUAUAAGCAUCCUCUGGCAUAUUCAGGCUACCGGGAGGAGGAAUUAUUUGAAUUUGGGUGUCCGUCCAGUCAGGAAUUCACCAAAGAUGCGAUCCAAAGGCCAGGAUCAAGUCGAUUAAUAGAACAACCUCCUUUUAGCUUCUUCCCAACUAAGGUGGAAAUUGAUCGUGCAACAAUCAGUGCCAGGGAUGGCAUUGGUAAAAUAGCGGAACCAGUUGAUCUCAGUCUAAAAUUAUAG